AUGUCACUUGCUGGACAAAUUGCGAUUGUUACGGGAGCAUCUCGUGGAAUAGGACGUGGAAUCGCACUCCAACUCGGUGAAGCUGGAGCAACUGUUUAUAUUACCGGACGUAAACCAGAAGAGAGUUUGAACGGAAAAGUUGGUUUGACUGGAUUAGAAGAAACUGCUGAGGAGAUAACGAAGAGAGGCGGAAAAGGAAUCGCUCGAUAUGUAGAUCAUCAAAAUAUGGAAGAAGUCAAGAAUUUCUUCGAAAUCAUCGAAAAAGAUCAUCAUGGACAACUUGAUAUUCUUGUUAAUAAUGCUUAUCAAGGGGUUACGACAAUCUCUGAAAAUAUGGGAAAGCCAUUCUACGAGACUGAUCCGUACGUUUGGGAUACAAUCAACAACGUCGGACUUCGCAAUCAUUACUUCUGCACCGUCUAUGCUGCUCGUUUGAUGGCUCCACAAAACAAAGGACUCAUUGUGAAUGUCAGCUCAGCUGGAGGUCUUCGUUAUCUCUUCAAUGUUGCAUACGGUGUUGGAAAACAGGCUCUCGAUAGAUUGUCAGCAGAUACUGCAGUUGAAUUGGCUAAAAAGAACGUCUGUGUCGUGUCAAUUUGGCCAGGAGCCGUGAGAACUGAACUUGUCAGCAAGUUCUUCAAAGAUGCUGAUGGAAAACCAAGAGCUGAUGUAAAGAAUUCUGAUAUAUUUGCGAACGGAGAGACUGUCGAAUAUCCAGGAAAAGCUGUAGUAGCACUUGCUUCAGAUCCACGAAGAAUGGAUAAGACUGGCAGAAUUCUGGUUACCGAAGAUCUUGGAAGAGAAUAUGGAUUCGUUGAUAUUGAUGGACUCAGACCACCAAACUUCCGUUCUCUCACUUUUCUUCUUCAACAUAUGGGAUGGAAUACCACAGCCAACUUCGUCCCAAGUUGGGUUAAACUACCUGGAUGGAUCAUGUGGGCCGGAAGCAGUCGUUUGUAA